AUGACGUUCCAAACAUGGGACGCCUUUCAAAAGACAUUACUUUCUGGUAAUGAUAUGGCAGGGAUGUUUGACCAGAACCUCCGCCUUCGCCAUCCAGGAACAUGCAAUUGGUUCUUGCAAGGUGAGACAUACUGUCAAUGGAAAAAUGAGAAGAACAAGACACUAUUCUGUACUGGCCCGCCGGGAGUGGGCAAGUCUGUUCUAGCUGCGGCGGUAAUAGAAGAGUUAAGAGGCUCAGAGAGGCUGGUCCUCUUCUUGUUUUGCGAGAACGACAUCCAACGAGUUGAUCAACUCAUACGGCAUCUGAUACAGCAAGUCCUCGCUCAAAUUGACUACAGCAAUGACAUGGCUUUACUGGCCAGACUGUCGAGUACUAUGGAGGGCAAAAAUACCACUGACGACCGCGACAUGAAGGCUCUUGAGAUGCUGCUGUGUUACAGCCGUACCAAGUCUGGAACGGACGAAUCCAAAGUCUCACUUGUCUUGGAUGGACUUGACAGACUUGAUCUCGAGAUCUCUCAAAACCUUCUUUCCAAACUGAGCGGCCUUCGCGAUAAGAUCGCCCUUAAUAUCUUCGCAACCUCGACGCUCACUGCUUCUGUGACGACCGCAGACACGUCCCUAACCUUCUUAGCCUCGGACACGGACCUGACACAAUUUGUCACCGCCCGGGUACAACCGCCCGGGUCGCUCUCUAACCUAGAACAUGCUGAGUUCUACAGAAACAUCGUCAAGGAAGCGAAGGGGAUAUUUGGCAUCGCUGAUGGCGUCGUCGAACUACUUUCACCUAUGCGCACCAAGUACGACUUUCAACAAUUCUUGAAAGGUUGGACCCGGGAUCCCGGAUACUUGGACCGCAUAUUCGGCCGAUUGAUAGAACCGCGUCAAAAGCGGCUUCAAGCAGGACUCGCCCCCCACGCCAUCGACUGGCUGACGUUCUCUGCCCGAGAACUCACGAUACCGGAGCUCCAGCAUGCCCUGAUAGCAGACAACUCAGAGCACUUCUCAGGCCCUCCAGAGCCGGCUGAGAUUAUUUCGGCAUUGUGUGGAUUUGUUUUAGUCGACGGGGAGCCAGGACAACAGUCAAUUUGCUUUUACCACAGUGCUCUGAAGCAGUACUUUCUCCACGAGAGACGCAACAGAGCCCUCAAAAUACACGACACCAUUGUCAGCUAUUGUCUGACUCAGUUGACAAGGGUUUAUUCCAGCGAUGGAUUCUGCCAUUCAGAUGAGGAAUACGAGAAAAGACUUGAACGCAAUCCCUUCUUUCUCUACGCUGCUUGUCACUGGUCUCAUCACACUGAGGAAUGCACAGAACCUAUCGCCGCCGCUCGAAGCUUCUUGGACAGCUAUUUCAAGGUGACGAUGUCAAGCCAGGCAAUCUUCAUUAGAGAUGCUCCGUUCAGGGAACCUGGCUACUCGCAAAAGGUUCCCCGGGACGUCACCGGCCUGCAUCUUGCAGCCUACUUUGGGAUCCAAGGUGCCGCCGAAAAGAUGCUCAGUGAAGGAACAGCUCCGCUGAGCUCCGUUGACACAGAAGGUCGGACCCCACUGUGGUGGGCUGCCUUCUUCAAACAGUACAAGAUUGUCAGACUGUUUUGCCGCAGUGACACGACCACGCUGUCACGUCUUGUCAUGGCCAAAGACAAGAAGCUGGUCCAAGUCUUGGUCAAGGGCAAAUACGCAGUCAACAUCGAAGACGCCUCAAAGGACACUCCGUUACACCAAGCCGUACGCCAUGGUCUCGUUGAGAUAACAGGUGAUCUUUUGUCCGCCGGUGCGGACGUCAAUGUGGAAAACAUGGGAGGUGAAACCCCCCUCAGUAUAGCCCUCAACAAUCGCGAACCCAAGAUCGUCCGCCUCCUUGUUGAAAAGGGGGCCUAUACCGAUUUUGUGGACACUCUCAAGUUCCGCAAGGCGCUAGCGUGGCAUAAUGAGGUGAUUCUAGAGAUCUCUCGAGAAAACAAGAACACUGUUCUACAGCUGCAACCUCGAGAAACAAAUCCUUUUGCCGCUUCAGCUGAUAAAAGGAGAGUCUCAUUGCAGCAAGAAAUCCUCUGCAUGAACCCAUUGCCACCUUGGCUUGAAUCUGUAAUCGGAAACCAUGACAUCGGUGAAUUUGACCUCCAGAUUUCUCCCCCGUCAUUAGACGAUCAUAUUGAGGAAAACCAUCGGGUAUACUAUGUUACGGCAUUCAUGUGGAACUCAGCAAAUAACAGCGAAUAUCCCUCAAACGGCAACGGGCGCCAUCUUCACAAGAAUCUGGUGCUGUGCUGGGAUGUCUACAGGGAUGAGCAAACCGAGAAAUGGCACACAAAGGCACACUUCACUAACAUGCCACACAUUUGGCUUCCUGAUAACGGCGCGGUGUUCUUGAAACACUUUCUUGGUCAUGUGAAAGCUACAUGGCUUGCUUACUGCGAGGCUAACCUGGUCGAUCUGAAGCUUCGCAAAAGGAUCAUUGAAUCCAAAGGCACCAAUCCAGCACUUUUGAAUCUUCUCAUGACGAACGGUCAGAGAUGGCUCAGUCAUCGACACGAACUGUCCAAAGUCAUUCUGAAGAUCCAGAAAUUUGCGACUUACUACUGCUUGCAGCAUAAUGAGACCCGCGAACUCAAAGGACUUACAGAGGCGAUAUAUCAACUCUCUAUCACUGUUGGAGAGAAGCUCGGGGAACUCGAUAAAAACUCGAGAGAUCUCAUUCAGCUGGAAUGCAACCUCGUCUCUAUCAAGGAGGCGCGAGAUUCAUUUACCUUCCUCCCUCUCACAUUCGUAGGGACCCUGUUUGGGAUGAACGUAGACAUCUUGGACGGCAAAAAGCCUGCUUGGUGGACUUAUGUUCCUUUCGCCGCAGUCACCUCGCUUCUGACCUCUGUUGUGUGGCUUCUGUUCAAGUUUACUGAGCUUGAGACAAAGAUUGAAACGAAGGCGAGGACAUGGGUAUCUCACGUCAAAGACGGCUUAAGCACGCGCGACGACCAGGACGUACUGAGCAGAUACGAAACCUCACCUAGAAGUGCCAAUGCUCUCUCAGAUGUAGAUUCAGAAAGGGGACUCGGGAUGACGAACAGGGUCUCGACGAGUAGACCAUAG